AUGGCCGAGAAAGCGAAGCAGCAACAACAGCGCUUCGCGUUCUCGUUUCCCGUAACCGUCGUCGUUGCCGCAAUCGCUUACAUUUACUUCUCCACCGUCUUUGUCUUCAUUGAUCGGUGGCUGGGCCUUUUCUCUUCCCCUGGAAUCGCUAACGCCGCCGUUUUCACCGCCAUCGCUAUCAUGUCUCUCUUUUCUUACCGGGCUGCUAUUUCCACGGAUCCGGGUCGGGUUCCGGCUACCUACACGCCUGAUAUCGAAGAUAACACAACCCCUCUACAUGAGAUCAAACGCAAGGGUGGAGAUUUACGAUUUUGUCAAAAGUGUUCUCACUAUAAGCCUCCCCGUGCACAUCAUUGCCGGGUUUGUAAAAGAUGUGUUCUCCGAAUGGAUCACCAUUGCAUUUGGAUAAAUAACUGCGUCGGUCACGCAAACUACAAGAUCUUCUUCAUUUUUGUCACGCAUGCUGCAAUUGCCUGCAUUUACUCCAUGGUCUUACUUGUUGGUAGUCUAGCUUAUGACGGUUUACCGGAUGACGAGAAUAAUGGUGGCUCUUAUAGAACCGUAUAUGUUGUUUCUAUGAUCUUACUGGCCCCCUUAUCUAUAUCAUUAUGUGUUCUUUUAGGAUGGCAUAUCUAUCUCAUCCUACACAACAAAACCACCAUAGAGUAUUAUGAAGGAGUGAGAGCUUUGUGGCUUCAAGAGAAGGGUGGAAGUAUCUAUAAACAUCCGUAUGACCUCGGCCCGUAUGAGAAUCUGACAACUGUUUUGGGACCAAAUAUCCUCAGCUGGCUGUGGCCAACGGCGAACCAUAUAGGUUCUGGACUUAGGUUCCGCACAGUCUAUGAUGUCACAAAAGGCGCAUCAACAUCCAAAUGA